AUGUCAGUGAAUAAGGUACCCAUCUUGGGUAAAGAAUCGAUACAUGUGGGCUAUGAAAUACAACCUCACAUAGUCAGUGAGACAAUUGCCAACUUGGCAUCGUCAACAUAUGUGAUUGUCAGUGAUACCAACAUGGCAAAAACCCACACAUUCAAAAAAUUGGUGUCAGAUUUCGAAAUCGAACUUAUGGAGAAAAGACCAGAGUCAAGGCUAUUAACCUACUUUGUUCCACCAGGGGAGAAUAACAAGAGCCGUGAAACAAAGGCCGCAGUGGAGGAUUUUCUUUUAAAUAAAGGGUGUACCCGAGAUACCGUAAUUCUUGCAGUUGGUGGAGGAGUCAUUGGGGAUAUGAUUGGAUUUGUCGCAGCAACAUUUAUGCGUGGAGUGAGAGUUGUUCAAGUCCCCACCACUUUAUUAGCAAUGGUUGACUCUUCAGUUGGUGGUAAAACCGCUAUUGAUACACCUUUGGGGAAAAACUUUAUUGGUGCUUUCCACCAACCAGAGUAUGUCUUUUGUGAUGUUUCAUUUUUGCAAACGUUACCAGCAAGACAGUUCAUAAAUGGCAUGGCUGAAGUUGUCAAGACCGCAGCAAUUUGGAACGAAGAGGAAUUUACAAGGUUGGAGGAGUUUGCUCCAACAUUUAUCGCCGAGGUGACCUCCGCGAAACCAAAUUUGGACAAUAUUAGAAAAGACUUGGUCAAAACCGUGUUGGAAUCAGUAAGAGUCAAGGCUUCUGUCGUGUCAGCUGACGAAAAAGAAGGUGGGUUGAGGAAUUUGCUUAAUUUCGGGCACACCAUUGGUCACGCUAUUGAGGCUAUCCUCACCCCCGAGGCACUCCACGGUGAAUGUGUUUCCAUUGGAAUGAUUAAGGAGGCUGAAUUAUCAAGAUACUUGGGAAUACUACCACCAGUUGCCGUUGCCAGACUUUCUAAAUGUCUUGCAGCAUACAAGUUGCCAAUCUCAGUUGACGAAAAGGGUUUUUCUAAAAUAGUUGGAGGUAAAAAGUACAAUUUGUUGAUUGAUCUGUUGAUCCAAAAGAUGUUGAUUGAUAAGAAAAACGAUGGUAGUAAGAUAAGGUGUGUGUUGUUGGAAAGAAUAGGUAGAUGCUAUCAACUCAAAGCUCAUCAAAUAUCCAAAGACGAUUUGAGAUUUGUAUUGACGGAUGAAGUUUUAGUGCAUCCGUUCAAAGAUUUCCCCAAGUCGGUUACAAUUUCACCUCCAGGAUCAAAGUCAAUCUCCAAUAGAGCUUUGAUACUUGCUGCAUUGGGUACUGGUACUGUCCAGAUUAAAAAUUUGUUACAUUCUGACGAUACAAAGCACAUGUUGGAUGCCUUGUCUGUAUUAAGGGGUGCUUCCAUUUCGUUUGCUGAUAACGGUGAAACUGUUGUCGUUGAAGGUAACGGAGGAAAUUUAUUUGCGAGUGAGAGAGAGUUGUAUUUGGGUAAUGCCGGAACUGCUUCAAGGUUCCUUACUGCUGUUGCAUGCUUAGCUAAAAGCUCAGGUUACCCGCACGUCACUUUAACCGGUAAUGCUAGGAUGCAAGAGAGACCGAUUGGUCCCUUAGUCGAUGCUUUGAAGUCAAACGGGUCGGAAAUAGAAUACUUGAAAAAUACAGGCUCUCUUCCACUAAAAAUCGCUGCGGGAAAAGGUCUCCAGGGUGGAAGGAUAGAGUUGGCUGCUACUAUUUCAUCUCAGUACGUAUCAGCAAUCCUUAUGUGUGCACCAUAUGCCGAUGAGCCUGUGACAUUGUCACUUGUUGGUGGAAAGCCAAUUUCUCAAUUAUACAUUGACAUGACUUGUGAAAUGAUGAAGCAGUUUGGUGUUGAAGUUACCAAAUCAACCACUGAACCACACACUUAUCAUAUCCCCAAAGCUACAUACAAGAAUCCUUCCGAAUACAUUGUCGAGUCAGAUGCUUCAUCCGCAACUUAUCCAUUGGCAUUUGCCGCGUUGACAGGCUCUUCCUGCACAAUUCCAAACAUCGGCUCAUCGUCAUUGCAAGGUGAUGCGAAAUUUGCUGUUGAUGUUUUGAAACCAAUGGGAUGUGAUGUAAAACAAACAGCAACAACUACUACAGUCACUGGACCGCCACAGGGUCAAUUGAAAGCAUUGAAUAGCGUGGAUAUGGAGCCCAUGACUGAUGCCUUUUUGACUGCUUCCGUUGUGGCAGCGGUGGCCAAAGGCACAACUACAAUCACUGGUAUUGCAAAUCAAAGAGUCAAGGAGUGCAACAGAAUCAAAGCCAUGGUUGAUGAAUUGGCGAAAUUUGGAGUCAAGGCUCACGAAAUUGAGGAUGGUAUAGUAAUUGAAGGGGUGCCAUUGAGUGAUUUGAAAACACCAGCUGUGGAAAAUAGAGGUGUGCAUACUUAUGACGACCACAGAGUCGCCAUGUCAUUUUCACUACUAGCCGGAUUAUGCAAACAGCCUGUGUUGCUUUUGGAAAGGUCCACCACGGGAAAGACUUGGCCAGGAUGGUGGGACAUUUUACACUCUAAAUUCGGUACCACUCUUGAAGGUUAUGAAAUAAAUAAGACAACGACCUCCGUCACCAAUGGAGACAAGAGUGUUGUAGUCAUUGGUAUGAGAGCUGCAGGUAAAACUACCUUAUCAAAAUGGUUGGCCAAAUUCUUAGGCUUUAACUUUCUUGAUUUGGAUGAACAUCUCGAAGAAAAGCUUGGCGUUGAUAUCAAAACAUUGAUAAAAGAAAAAGGCUGGAAUUAUUUUAGAGAGCAGGAAUCAUUAUUAGCUACUGAAUGUUUUGAAAAGUAUUCCUCUGGAUAUGUGCUUUCCAGUGGUGGCGGUCUUGUCGAAAGUGACGAUGCUAGAAAACAACUCAAGAACUAUAUUGUCAACAAUGGUAUUGUUUUGCACUUGCACCGUGAUUUAGAAGAAACUGUCACGUUUUUGAAUUCAGAUGCUACACGUCCUGCUUUUGCUUCAGAAGUGAAGGAUGUAUGGUUAAGAAGAGAAAAAUGGUAUCAUGAGUGUUCAAACUAUCACUUCUACGCUCCACAUUGUACAAACGCUGCAGAAUUUUCCAAUUUGAAGAAGGUAUUUUUGAAAUUCAUUGCAAAGAUUACCGGUAUCGAAGAGUUAGUCAUUCCAAAAACUCGCUCUGCUUUUGUCACGUUGACAUAUCCGGAUGUAAGAGACGCAUUAGAGAUUUUACCAGGGAUCACAGUUGGCGCAAAUGCCGUUGAAUUGAGAAUUGAUUUGUUAGCAAAAUAUGAUACUUCCUUCAUUGCUGAUCAAGUUGGAUUGUUGAGAAAGACCGUGGAUUUACCAAUCAUUUACACGAUCAGAACCAAAUCGCAAGGUGGUAUGUUUCCUGAUGAAGAUCUCGACACUAUCAGAUCAUUGCUUUUGUUUGGUAUCAAGAUUGGUGUUGAUGUUAUUGACUUGCAAUUGAUUUCAUCGAAUGAUGUCAUUGAUGAAGUGAUGGCAAAGAGAAGCCACACAAAAGUCAUUGCAUCACACCACGAUUUCACCGGCCAAUUGAAAUGGGAUAAUGUUGAAUGGAAGACUAAAUACGACCAAGGUGUGUCAAUUAAUGCUGACAUUGUCAAAUUAGUUGGCAAGGCAAUUGACUUCAACGACAAUUUGUUAUUGGAAAAAUUCAGAAGUGAAAACACAAUCAAACCUUUGAUUGGAUUGAAUAUGGGACCAAAGGGUAAGUUGUCAAGAGUUUUGAAUACUGUGUUUACCCCCGUUACACAUGACCUUAUCACUGACAAACCACAAGGAGUGGGACAAUUGACCGUUAAGGAAAUCAAUGAAGCAUACUUUCAAAUUGGUGGGUUUGUUGAGAAGAAGUUUUGGGUUGUUGGAUCACCAAUUGAGCAUUCGAGGUCGCCAGCAUUGCACAAUGCUGGGUAUGAAGCAUUGAGCUUGCCUUACGAAUUUGAUAGGUUUGAGUCAAGUGAUGCAGAGAGUGUUUACAACAAGUUGAUGUUGAGAUCUGAUUUUGGUGGAUUAGCAAUUACCAUGCCAUUGAAAUUGGACAUGAUGAAAUAUGCCACCAAGCUUUCAGAUCCAGCCAAGUUGAUAGGUGCUAUCAACACAAUUGUACCUAUUGAUGAUGGUUUCCUUGGAGAUAAUACUGAUUGGGUUGGAAUUACAAACUCUUUCAAGCAAAGUGGAUUUGUUGGUGGCAACAAUGUCAAUGGGUUGGUUGUUGGAGGAGGAGGUACUUCAAGAGCUGCAAUUUAUGCCAUGCACAAGUUGGGAUGUCAAAAGAUCUAUUUGCUCAACCGUACGGUGUCGAAAUUACAUGAUAUUGCCAACAGUUUCCCUAAAGAUUACAAUAUUGAGAUAGUUGAACUGGAUGAACAAGUUAAUGGUAAACCAGUGUCUUUAGCUGUGUCGUGUGUUCCAUCAUCAGCACCAUUGGAUGAUGUUUUAUUGAGAAGAUUGGAAAUUAUCUUUAACUCCAACAAGCCAGCUAGUGAUGAAGCUCUAUUACUUUUAGAAGCAGCAUACAAGCCUAGAGUCACUCCUGUGAUGAAAUUGGCAGAGGACAAGUACAACUGGAAAGUUAUACAAGGGGUUGAGAUGUUGGUGAAUCAAGGGAAAGAGCAGUUUAAAAUUCAUACAGGUUUUGCUCCACCAUAUGAUGUUAUCCAUGAUGCAGUAGUCGCAGAAGAUUGA